AUGGGGUACGAUGCCACGCUCAUCCCUACUCUGCUUCACCGCCUGCCAGCCGCCUUCAAGAUCCGAGAUCUUGGCACUUCGGGGUUCUUUCUUGGUAUUGAGACCAUCAAGAAAGAGACGGGCAUGAUUCUCUCACAACGUCGUUACAUGCGUGACAUCCUAGCCCGAGCUGGAAUGGCUGACUGCAAACCGCUUACCACGCCAGCAUCUGUAACUCAGGUCGUAUCACUGACUGAAGAGUCUUGUGACAAUCCAACUCAGUAUCGCCGCAUUGUGGGAGCGCUUCAAUACUUGACUAUUACCAGGCCAGAUUUGUCUUAUGUCGUUAACCGCUUGUACCAGUUCAUGCACUCAUCGACGGUUGUUCACUGGGGUCUUUUACAACGGGUCCUACGCUACAUCAAGGGCACUCUCACCUAUGGUCUUCACCUUUCGGUCUCUGCUUCAUCUACAAUUCAUGCCUUUUCAAACUCCGACUGGGCUGGUUGUCCUGUCGACAAAAAGAGUACUAGUGGAUAUGCUAUUUUUCUCGGGUCCAACCUCAUAUCUUGGCUAUCCAAAAAACAGUGCACUGUCGCCCGCUCAUCUACCGAGGUUGAAUACAAAGCCCUUGCCGAUGUCUCCGCUAAGGUUACGUGGGUCGUGUCAUUGCUUCGUGAAUUGGGUCUACACAACGGCGAGCCGUCUACUUUAUGGUGUGACAAUCUCGGGGCUACUUAUCUCUGUGCGAAUCCAGUAUUUCACGCUCGGACCAAGUAUGUAGAGAUCUAUUAUCACUUUGUCCGAGACAAAGUUUCUUCUGGAGACAUGGUGGUCAACUUUGUGUCAACUAAAGAUCAGCUGGCGGAUAUCUUCACCUAA